AUGGGGGAGACUAAUGAAGAGGACAGAGGAGGGGCCGAAAAAGUUCCUCUGGUCGCCCAAGAAGGUCCCAACCAACGCAGACGCAGAGCUGGCUCGGACUGCGAUCCAUUGGACCCCAUGCUGCAGCUUGGUUCGCAGGUGGGCGGCGCAGGUCCAUACGCCCUUCGGCGCAACAUCACUCUGACAGAGAAGUCACCCGAGACAGUCAGAUCUUCCAAGGCAAAACGCCAGAGGGAAGGGAGUCAGGGCGUUGGAGAAAUCGUCCCUAAGUCUCCGACGGCCCAUCUUUCUACCCGGGGUCGUCCUCAAGCCACCCACGAUGGCGUAUUCCUUGAUCUCGUCCAGGCGUCCAGCGAGCAAGCGAAGAGACGAAAAACGCGGUCCAACUCCAGAGUCAAACAGCCCCCCGCAUCCAAGGCAUCUCGCCAGCCAAUUGAGAACAUAGGUGGUGCCGUACCCACCACUCAACAAACGCACACAAGCCAUCCCGCCAACCCUCCCAGUGAUAGCUCUUCCUCACACCCUUCCCAGCAUCCUUGUAACCCUUCACAGAACGGCUCGCAGACCACCGUCCCUCCUCCAUGUUCAGCACCACACCCGACUCUCCAAGGUCAGCAAGACCCUCGCGCAUUUGGAUCCCUCAAUAUGUCACUUCAAGCUCCUCCCUCAUCUCUUCCGUAUCAUCUACCUCCUCCCCCUCCCCCUCUGAAUUAUGGGGUUAUCCCGUCUUCUCUUACCCGCCCCAUGACAAUGUCCACGAGUAACCCAAUUGCACCUUUAUCGGCGCCAGGACAGCAUUCCCAAACAGUCUCGUGUAAGGGCGUUCCCCCUCAAAACAGAGCCGUGGAUGGUCUCACCUCCCUGCGUGGGAGCAAGGAGCACAACGCCCACACGGCCAUCCCUCUCAGCGAUACCAGCUUCCAGGCACCAACCCUUCAAUCCCAGGCGCUUUCGCUUCACGCUUCGAUCCAUUCGUCAAUCCACCCCUCCACGGGUCCCCCUACUACAUCUACGUCGUCUAUCCAGCCUGUCAACACUUCCCUUCUUGCCGAUGCUCUGUUUCCGUCGCCGUCCCGUGUCCAAACGUCUUCCUACAAGACCCGCCCUUACUACACCCACUAUCGCCAUCCUUCAGCACCGCUAGAGCUCGCGGCCCCUUCGAUCAUCCGGGCCAAAGGGCAUGACGAUCUACCAGCCAGGAAUGAGGACAGGUCGAGGAGUGUACCUCCAGACCUACCCGAGAAUGAUGGGGUGUCUACGGCUCUGCAUCGCUCCUUUCGCGAGAAGGUUGAGUCGAUGAAGGGGAGCAAGAUUGACGCUUUAAGAAAGCUUUCCAACGUGUCGACCAGUACUGGAUCUCAGCCUGCUUCAAUCGUCGGGCCGUUACCUAGCAUUCCGGAAGAGAGUCCGAGGAAUGAUGCGCAGGGUGCCUCUAACGAUUGGGAGGAUUACGAGCAGGACUGGGAGCAUGGGUUUGAAGACGACCCCUCGGCACCAACUCAAGAUCGCAUGACUAGGAGCCAAGAAUGCGAAGGGGAUGCUAUCUACGACGACUCGAAUUCAAAGGAUGAAACGUCCGGUAGGCUCCCGGGGUCAAUGGGUCGUCCUUCUGGGGAGCAGAGGAAGAUGUUAGACGCCGGAUUCGACGCCAUCAACGAUUCGUUUGCUGCGCUCGCUGGGAAGGUUGGGUUCCCUGUUUCGAGAGUCAAGCAGAUGUGGUCCCAGAAAAAUCGCAUGCUCACGACCAAGCCAAGAGGAGGGAAUGGUGUGAACUACUUCAACCUGUACGGCAAGUUGUUCGCCCAUACGGACCACAAGUCUACAGAGAUUGCAAGAGCUCUCGAGUACCGCGAAGUACACUUAUCUCCGGAAGAGCUGGAGGAGUUCAAGGACACUGCGCCGGACCGUCGUGAAUGUUACAUCGCGUUUCGCCAGUCGUAUCCCGAGGACCUCUGGAAAAAGGUCUUGGAGAUGGAGGUGCAAAAACUGUCGCUCAAUGACCGAGAGGGGGUUACCCUUCAAACCCGGAAGAUGAACUUCGAAAGUUCUAAAGCCGCCGCUCGCAGCAUAUUGGAUGAAGCCUCACGCAAUCACCAAUUCGAGGCCCUUCUCGUGCUCACCGGGUCCCACCAUUCCGACAAGAACUUGGUUUACGUUCACGAAACCGAAGGGGCACAAGGUUUUGUGGAAGAGAGAUUGAAAACGCAGGUGGAUAAUCUGGCCAUAAGGCUUCAAAUCCACUCAAGCGACCGUCUGGAACGGAUGAAACCCCUGCACGCCUUCAGCGACGAGGAUGCAUCUGCCAAAUCUGUUACGACCGCAGUGGUUCAAGGUCGUAGCGGCGCCACUCCUGGUGCUUCUGCCUCGCUUUCCGCAAAGGGGGGAAAGGCUGCCAACAAGCGUAAGCGAGUGGAGGACGACGAAGAGGCGGAGGAUCAGGAGGAGGAAGAGGGGUCCAGCAAGUCGAUCAGCGACGAGGCCUUUGCUCAAAUGGGCCAGAAAGAAUGGACGGGCAUUAUCCGGAACCAUCUCUGUGAAACAAUCCGAAAGACACCCGGGUUUGAGGAUGAGAAGAUGUGGAAAGUCCUACACUGGAGGAGAUUGCCGAACUACUUCAGUAGUCGGGGCUUGGCUCUGGUCAACUGGCACCGGCGCGCAGGCUUUCCGGAGGAGUCUCAGGAAACCGGUAAAGGGAUGAGGGAGAGCGGUGCCGAUUCCAUGCGCCUUCUGGCCAACGAUUGCCGAAAGGGUCGCGGCCCCAAGGUGAUUGCGUGCGACAAGACCCAGGUCAAGCAGUCCAUACUCCCGGUCAUUGUCACGCGGGCCCCUAACAUUUCCGGACGUCCCGACGCUCGAGGACAACGCUUCUUUCUUGAUGGCUUCAUCGACUCACUUGGCCCCUGUUCCACGGACGACUGGGAUUACGUGGGCCCUCCUCGCCAACACCAGUCACCUGCAAAGCCAAAGGCACCACGGGCAAAGCCUCAGCCAACCAAGCGAUUGCCAGGGAAGUCCAAGGUCUCAUCGGGCCCCUCAUUGCAGCCGUCAACCCCCGAUACAUCCAAUCCUCUCAAGUCCUCGGGGAAUCCAGAUGACAAAACGACCUCCAAACGCAACAAGCAGACAGCCCAAUCGCGACGGAAGGGUUCGAAAGCAGAUGGUUCAUCAAAAACCGACGAAGCAUCGACGAAGACGGGUGGUAACCGUAGGGCGAAGUCGAGCGCAAACGCGGUGAAGACGGGCAAAGGGAAAGCAGCCGCCAAAUCAACAAAGAAGACCCCAUUGGCGAGACAGGUGGGAGGCGGAGGGAAAGCCGAGGGGUCAUCGAGCGGCUCUGACGAGGAGGAUGAAGAGAUGGAGGCGGAUGAGGAGGAUGAUAGUGGCAGUGACGUGGACGACUACGACGGCGGAGCUGCACGGAAUACGAGCAAGAAUGUCCCUCGACGCAAUGUCCGUCGAAAAGUCACAUCCAAGGCACUCGUCGACAGCAGCACUGACGAAUCCUCGGCGUCGGACUCGAGCGACAGUGAGUAUAACGCCGGUGGAAACCAGGGCAGUCCCACAUCUCCUGGUAUGAACCCUCCUCAGGCGAGAAAGAGCAGCUGCGAGGACAAGGGUAAUCAGGCUCUGAGCAAUGUCAGUUUGGGGGAAUCGAACACUCAGGCGGACUCUUCAGCCUCUUCAGCCCAACCGAACGCCGUCGAGCCCCCAUCCGCGGAGGUUAGCAUUCCACAGAAACGCGCCGCAGAGGUCCUCCAGGCAGAUAAACUCAACGAGAAGAAAUCCAGGACCGACGCUGGUCCUUGUUCGGCCGUCCCAGCUCCAACACUUACCCCUUCCCACACUGUGUCCCAAGACAGUUCCUACAGUCCCUGUGCAACAACGGCGCCUAUUCAACACUCAUCCCAGCAUCUUCCUCUUGCGGACCAGAUCUUGCCCAGCGCCUCGGUGUCUCAGGUCUCUCAUCAACCAUUUCAACAUCUUUCUUUUGGCGAUCAGGGGACAACGCUGGACGACUCUACUCUCAGGGCUGGGAAUGGCCAGCCUGCUCGUGCGCACGAGAAUCCUGCCGUCUGGGGUCAACCUGCAGCGAAUGCUGAUCAUGCGGGCCAUCCUGCUCAUCCCAUUCCUCCUCAGCGCAUGCUUGGCCAGCCUCUUCAUUCUCAAGUUAUUCAGCAGCCCCCUCGCGCUCAUGGCCAGCUCCUACCCCAACCAACACACCACCAGAGUCAGCAACAUCGUCCUCCUCCGCCUCCGCCUCCGCCUCCGCCUCCGCCUCCGCCUCCUCGAUACCCGCCUCAGCCCCCAAUGAAUUCUCAACCUCCACUGCCCCCUUCCCAAAGACCUUCACAUCUAUCUCAGCCUGUGCAGGGUGCAUACCAAGGCAACUGGGGUCACCCGCAAUCGGGUAAUGUAGCGUGGCCCCAAACCCAGUACCCAGCGCAAUGGGAGGCGAGUGGUUCUUUCCAGAACCCCCAUGCCAAUCAAGAGCUAUCGCCAAUCGAAAACCGUCCGGAUCACUUCCACUCGAACAUGUCGUAUGGCGGCCACCAACAUCCAACUACGCCGGCGCAGUGGGGCCCUGUUCAGGAAUACUCCGACCCAAGAUACGCGUAUACUCCAGGGCCUAAUUCCUACCAACACGCUUAUCACCUGGAACAGGCGGCUCGUGGUCAGCAACCUCCGUUCGAAGCGCUGGAGGGGGCUCAACGGAGUCAUGUUCCACUGCACCCUCCAUACGACACACAUUACGAUCCUAACGUUCUGGGCCCGCCUCCCACGGGGGACCGGAUCGCUCAAAGCUCGCGCCAUCCCCAUUGA